AAAAUUAUGCAAAAAACUCUGGAAAUCGACUUUUAGUCAUGGAUACUCGUCAUUAUAAAGACAGUACGGAUACUAUAGUUGUUCGAAUCAGUCAAGCAAACGGAAGUGUCACCGAAAUAAAUUUUGAUAACAUUGAAGAAAUACAAGAUAUUAAUUAUUGUUUUGUUAAUGGUAAAAAUCCUAUAACUACAUACCCAUUAUUUGACCAGUACAUUCUAGUGACAUACACCCAUGCUACUAAUACUUCCGACAAUACAACUUUUACGGAUCGUGGAAUGGUUUUAGAUUGGAGUGGAAAUAUUAUAAGUCCUAAAAAAGGUUUUUUGCGUUUAUCUAUGGUUACUGGAACAAAUUAUGCCGAAUGGAAGCAAUAUGGAUAUAAAGGCAAUGGAAUAUUCUAUUUAUUACAGAAUGACACGCUUGAUCUUGAUCUUUCAUUAAACAGUCUAUUAACUACAUUUGCAACUUUAAAUGGUGGAUAUGCACUUGUAUACGCUAACACGAGUAAUGGCACAGCUUCAAAUAAUACGUUAGCCGCUCAGUUUACCGCAGAUGCAGGAUUAUAUGCCAUAAUGUUGAAUUACAAUCAAACAAAAACUAACAAAACAAUUAUUUUACAUGAAAUGUCUACACCUAAUGUUAAAAUAAGUUUCUCUACAUUGUAUUGCUCAAUUGACAAUGUUUUCGUUGGUCAUACGUGCAUUGUGGCAGGAAUCCCCGUACAAAAUGUUUCAACAUCAACACCUACACCAUUUUAUAUAAAAGUACGUUUUCUUUCCACCGGAUCUGUAUUUAAAUUAGAGUCAAUAUUCAACAUACCAUUAAGUAGCGGCAUAGCGAUUAUUAGAGCAAUGCCUUUUGGAGGAUACGCAUUAAUAUCACGAUCUUAUAAUGUGCUAGCUGUAAACUUCAAUUUUAGUCUUUAUGAUGAUUAUAAUAAUCAGUCCAAUUGGAUGUUUCCAUGGCAGCCUAUUAUCGCAAACCUUGUUGGCGUGUUUGAUAUAUUAGGAAAUAAUACAAUGUUAAUUGCGUUAAACGAAACUUCAACUUCUUGGAAUCUUUUUUCUAUAGAUUUGCCUCGACUUGCUCCAUAUUACGAUAUUGGUUAUGGCAACAUGCAAGUGAACUCUACAUAUCCUCCAAAAGACUCCAAUGGUCUUGCAUUAAAUUCCAAUAAAAUUAGCAUCACAUAUCAAAAUCCCGUUUUGCUUGCAGAUGGUAUUCUAUAUAUCUAUCAAAAAACCAGUAAGGGAGAUGUUCUUCGACAAUCGAUUAAAUCAAAAACUUGUGAUGCUAGCGAAUGCAAUAUUUUAAAUAAUGUUGUUACACUCUAUGUGCUCAAUUGUACUUUUAACCAACCGGGUGGGCAAUAUUAUAUACAAAUAGAUAACAAUUUUGUAAUGAGCGCAGAUGAUAGAGAAUCCAUAUUGGGAAUUGAACCAAAUUUAUGGAAUUUUCAAACAGAUAAUAGUACCACACAAAGUAAACAGCGUGAUGUUAGUAUCCAGGGAAAAUUACGAUUAACAACAAAGGGGUCUUUGCAUUUUCAAGGAUUAAAUGGCUCAGAAAAACAUGAAUUUCUUAUAAAUUUGAUAAAUGAUCUCGUAUUCAUAAUUCCCACGGAGGAAGGAAGGUUGAGUUCAAAUGAACGCAAUCAAAUUGAUACAUCUUCUACUGAAUCGAAAAUUCUUAUCUCGCUUUCUAUUAAUGAGGCAAAGAGUGGCGAAAUAACAGCCACAGUAGUCAAAAAUUAUUUAAACCUAUUGAUAAUAAAUAAAGAAUCGACGAAUGUAUCAACAGGAUCGACUACAAUGUAUUUAGAUGAAACUUAUGGAUUUCAAGAAGCUAUGACAAUAAGUGAUUUCCUCGAAUCACAUAAGAUAAAGCUAAUUUCGUUUUUUGUAAUCAUAGUUGUACUUUUAAUGGCAUUCUUAAUAGCAAAAUCAAAGUCGCCAGAG